AUGUUAGGUAGCGAGUGUUUAGGCGGCGAGUUCCCCGAUGUGGGGAUUGACCAGCACCAGACAUCGCUUCCCCAUGGGGCAUCAUUUUCAUCUGGUUCAAUUGCCUUCAAGAUGAGGUUUCUACAGACGGUCAGUGCGUGCGUGCUUGCACUAUCGUCGCUGGUCAGCGCAGCAAGCUUCACCAAUCCACUCAAGGCAAGAGAUGGAUCAGAUCCUCAUAUUGCAUACACUGGUGGUUACUAUUACAUGAUGACCACUACCUGGACUGACUUGAGGAUUACAAGAGCCAGGACUUUGGGUGGACUAAAGACUGGUGAAACGAGGACCGUCUGGACAGACGCGAACCCGGACAGAUGCUGUAACAUGUGGGCGCCUGAGCUUCAUUUUCUUGAUGGUGCCUGGUACAUCUACUACACAGCUGGCCGCAACGGCGUUGAAAAUCUUGACUUGCAGCGUCCUUAUGUGCUCAAGGGUGGCGCGACGCCCUUUGAUAGUUACAGCUACCAUGCCCGGCUCACUACAACCUGGGGCAUUGACGGCUCCCUUGUUCGCUUCGCGACCUGGGGCAACUACUUCACCUGGUCCUGCAUGUCUGACAACCUCCAAUCGCUUUGCAUCGCACCUCUCACUGCACCUGGCAGAAUUGGCGCAACGAGGGUCCUUUCUCGACCUACCCAGUCCUGGGAGCAAAACGGAAGUCCCGUGAUGGAAGGUCCAGCGGCGAUGUAUCAUGGAGGGAAAACGUAUCUUGCCUACUCUGCGAGCUUCUGUUGGACACCGGAUUACAGCCUUGGUCUGCUUACCUGGGAUGGCAGUGGAGAUCCCGGUCUGGAGAGAAGCUGGACAAAGACGGGUCCGUUCUUGACCAGUGCAAAUGGCAACUACGGCCCUGGGCACAAUGGUUUCUUCACCAGCCCUGAUGAGACUGAGAUCUGGAACGUCUAUCAUGCCACAGCCACCAGCACUGGCGCCUGUGAUGGUAACCGAUACACCAUGGCGCAGAAAGUCAACUGGAACUCGAAUGGCACACCCAACUUUGGAACGCCAGCAAGGCUGGGUACGACGCUUGCCGGCCCAUCAGGAGAAUAG